CACAGACACAGACACACACACUCACUGGGACACUUGGUCUUUAAAGCACGAGACGGAGUGCAAGGAGUGUGUCUCUCUCCUUUCUGUUCUCUUACAGCGGUCUGACCUACAGCUUCAGAUACAAAACUGGUGCCAGAGGAUCUGAAGCAUGAGUCAACGGUCUCGAACCUCCAGGGUGCGAGGGCAUGUCCACUGUGAUUCCUGCUACAGCCGGCGCUGCAGAGCUCGGGUGGAGGUCUCUGUGUGCUGUGUAGUCAUCCCCUGCCGCCUGCUCUGUGGAGCUGUCUUCCACCUCUGCAAAGAGGAGGAUCACCUGCUUCUCUGCCCUAAUGUGAGGGUGCCCUGCCUCAACGCUGAGUAUGGCUGUCCGCUCCACCUGCCUCGCUCCUCGCAGGCAGCUCACCUCCAGGUGUGUCCAGCCAGUGUGGUGUGUUGCUCCAUGGAGUGGAACCGCUGGCCGGUCAACGAUGCCCAUUCUUAUCCCACCACAGAGCUGUAUGAAAACCUGCUCAAGGAAAGAGAGCAGGGAGGAUGGCUGGACUUCACCGUGGCCCUGAAAGACCAGGAUGUCCUGUUUCACUCCAUGAAGAUGAAGAAACUGUUCCCAGAGCUGAUCCAGAGUGUGGAGGAGGAGGAGAAGGAGGAAGAGAGGAGGGAGGAGGAGAAGAGGAAGGAGAAGCAGAGGCAGAGGAAGGAGGCAGCAGAAAGGGCAGCUAAGGAGGCCAGUGGUCAAACCUGGAAGUCCUUUGUCAUGUUUGACGUGCAGCAGGGCCCUGAGGAAAAAGAAGAGAGUGAGAGUGAUGAUGACAUUGAAUAUCAGCAGGAGCUGACCCAGGAGGAGAGAGAGGCUCUUGCCAGGGAAACAGGAGUGCAGGCUAAUCUGUUAGAAAACUACAACGCUUGGGAGCGCAUGUUCACUAUGGAGAUGGGUGGCUGCAGGGAAGCCGGAGAGGGAGCUGUAGCAGGCAGAGGCCGGGGACAGUCAAAAGGAAAUGGUAAAGACCUGGACACUCUGACAGAGGAAGAUGCAGCAGAUGCCUGUGUGGGUGCCACAGCAUCAAACACCUGCAAACAGGGGAACAGUGCAUGCGUUGCUGCCUCCACAUCUUCCUCCUCGUGUCUUGCUGAAACUCUGAAGAAGAAGAAAUUUGAGUACGGAUCUGUGGAGCCAAUGAAGAUUAUCACUGUGCGUACUUUUAAAGCCCCAACCAGCUUCGCUGCCAGGCAGGGCCGCAUCCGCAACCCUGGUUUCUACAAGAGGGAGAGUAAAGCUGUGGAUACAAGUGACCUGGGGCUGGCGCUGCAGGAGAUGCCAGUGUGGGAGGAGGUUCAGGCCUCUCUGCUGUGCUCCCUGGAGAAAGAGCAAAGAGGUCACCUGAUCGCAGAGAGCGUAUGCACAGAUGGUCUGUUACAAGAUGAGGGCACACAGACCUACAACUUCCUGUCUGCUCCUUUCCGGAGGAACACGUCGCUGGCCGACCUGACCACUGCGAAACCACUGGAGCUGCACCUUCAGCUGCAGGUGGAGGGCGUCACCAGCCGGCACCACAAGGCCAGCUCCGCCUUCACCUUCCUCUGUGGACACACCUUCCAGCGCAGAGAAUUCGGCAAACAUUAUAAGAACAUCCACAGUGACAUCCAGAUGAGUGUGAACGGAUGGUUUGAGCAGAGAUGCCCCCUGGCAUACCUGGGAUGCACCUACAGCCAGAGGAGGUUGCAGCCCUCCACACAUGAAGCCACUGUCUCUUACAAUGAGGAUCUGGGCUGCUUCAGCAUGCGUCCCACCCUCCCUGUCUCCCUGGGUGAUGCCUCCCAGGUGUCCCAGAGAAAGGGAGGAGGUCAGGGAGGAGGAGGGGAGGAGUCUCUGAGCUCGCUGCCCUAUGAGGUGCUGUGCCACAUAGCCAGUUUCCUGGACAGUCUGUCCCUUUCCCAGCUGGCUUUGGUGUCCAAGCUGAUGAGGCAGGUGUGCUCCACUCUGCUGCAGGAGAGAGGGAUGGUCACCCUGCACUGGGAGAGGCAGAAGAACUCACAGGGAAGAGCCCAGUGGAGGGUGACGCAGACGGUAUGGCAGUUCAGCACUUUGUUCUCAUCUGUGGACACUUGGUGCUUCCAAAACACCCCGUCCAUGUCCGAGCACCUAAAGGUGUGUCCCUGCUAUGAGAGAGAGUCCAGGACAGAGAAGAUUCGCCUGCCGCGAAUCAGAACAGAAGUCCAAACCAAGACAAGCUGCAAAGGUCCCACUCUGGUUAGUUUGUUCCAGCAGAAGAGGAUCAUGAUGUAGUGUGUGCUGCUUUAAUCUGUUAAUAUAACAGGGAGUGAGUUACAUUUUGCCCGCUCUAUUUCUCUCUAUCAUGUCAUAUGUCGUUUUGAAAUAAAGUAAAAAUGCCAAUAAAAAUAAGAACAAAGAGUGAAA